AUGUUGAUCAAAGUAAAGACGCUCACGGGCAAGGAGAUCGAGCUGGACAUCGAGCAGACGGACAAGAUCCAGCGCAUCAAGGAGCGCGUCGAGGAGAAGGAGGGCAUCCCACCAGCCCAGCAGCGCCUCAUCUUUGGCGGCAAGCAGAUGCACGACGAAAAGACGGCCAAGGACUUCGGCGUCGAAGGCGGCAGUGUUUUGCAUCUGGUGCUCGCACUCCGUGGAGGUUCCCUCUAG